CAUGAGAUCCAAGUGUUGAUCUCCACCCUAAAGAAAAAGAAACCAGUGCUCCGCCCUUCCUGUUAGAGAAAUUGGACUUUAUGUGCCUCAGUUUAAAUCCAGCACAGAGCACCGAUAAAUCAAAAAAAAAAAAAAAAAAAAAAACGAAGUUGCGAAAAAACAUUGACCUUGUUUGGAGCAGGCAUUCACCGAUAUAAACAAGAUGGGCUGUAAGGUGCUGUGUCCCAGUAUUGUUCUCCUUGCUUAUCUUAUGAUCUGUGAACAUGUCCGAGGGGAAUGUACACAGCCUUCUUUUGAAGCAAGAAAUGUCAUUUUAUCAGCAAACGAUCUCUCGACUCAAAAUUUCUCAGAAGGAUCCAGUGUAACAUUUGAUUGUCAGAUUGGACACAAGCCAGUUGACUCAACAGCAUCUAGAUCAGUUACCUGUGAGGGAAACCAGUGGACAAGUCUGGGACUCAGUUGCACAAGAAAACCCUGUGGAAGUCUUCCUGAUUUCCUUUAUGGGAGAUAUGAAAUGACUGGGAUUUUAUUUGGCGACACGGCUAAACCGGUUUGUGACCAAGGAUACAUGUUAGCGGGUAGAGAAACAACGAGAACAUGCCGAAAUCAGGGAUGGGAUGGCCGAGAUCCUCUCUGUGAAUCGGUGAAAUGUUCAGCACCUCCAGCCAUAGAAAAUGGGCAACUCCAAGAUGUGCCUUUGGAAAGUUACGAAUAUUUAGAUGCAGUCUCCUAUAGAUGUAACGGAGGAUUAACUCUUAUAGGACAAUCAACACUUCAUUGUUCUGAGGAUGGAACCUUUAAACCAGAUCCACCAAAAUGUUUUGAUGGGUGUCCAGCACCUAAAAUUCCUAAUGCAAAAAGAGUUGGUGGAAAAUCAGCACCCUACAAACAGGGUAACUUUAUAGAAUACAAAUGUGAAGACGGCUAUACACUGAAAGGAGAUGCUUAUAUUGUGUGUAGAGGAAAUGGAUGGAGCCCUGAACCACCACAAUGCAUCGGGGAAUGUACACAGCCUUCUUUUGAAUCAAGAAAUGUCAUUUUAUCAGCAAACGAUCUCUCGACACAAAUAUUCCCAGAUGGAUCCAGUGUAACAUUUGAGUGUGUGAUUGGACACAUGCCAGUUGACUCAACAGCAUCUAGAUCAGUUACCUGUGAGGGAAACCAGUGGACAAGUCUGGGACUCAGUUGCACAAAAAAAUCCUGUGGAAUUCUUCCUGAUAUACUUAAUGGGAGAUAUGAAAUGACUGGGAUUUCAUUUGGUGACACGGCUAAACCAGUUUGUGACAAAGGAUACGUGUUAGCGGGUAGAGAAACAAGAAGAACAUGCCGAAAUCAGGGAUGGGAUGGCCGAGAUCCUCUCUGUGAACUGGUGAAAUGUUCAGCACCUCCAGUCAUAGAACAUGGGCAACUCAAAGAUGUGCCUUUGGAAAGUUACGAUUAUUUAGAUGCAGUCUCCUAUAGCUGUAACAGAGGAUUUACUCUUAUAGGACAAUCAACACUUCAUUGUUCUGAGGAUGGAACCUUUAAACCAGAUCCACCAAAAUGUUUUGAUGGGUGUCCAGCACCUAAAAUUCCUAAUGCAAAAAGAGUUGGUGGAAAAUCACCACCCUACAAACAGGGUAACUUUAUAGAAUACAAAUGUGAAGACGGCUAUACACUGAAAGGAGAUGCUUAUAUUGUGUGUAGAGGAAAUGGAUGGAGCCCUGAACCACCACAAUGCAUCGGGGAAUGUACACAGCCUUCUUUUGAAUCAAGAAAUGUCAUUUUAUCAGCAAACGAUCUCUCGACACAAAUAUUCCCAGAUGGAUCCAGUGUAACAUUUGAGUGUGUGAUUGGACACAUGCCAGUUGACUCAACAGCAUCUAGAUCAGUUACCUGUGAGGGAAACCAGUGGACAAGUCUGGGACUCAGUUGCACAAGAAAAUCCUGUGGAAGUCUUCCUAAUUUCCUUUAUGGGAGAUAUGAAAUGACUGGGAUUUCAUUUGGUGACACGGCUAAACCAGUUUGUGACAAAGGAUACGUGUUAGCGGGUAGAGAAACAAGAAGAACAUGCCGAAAUCAGGGAUGGGAUGGCCGAGAUCCUCUCUGUGAACUGGUGAAAUGUUCAGCACCUCCAGUCAUAGAACAUGGGCAACUCAAAGAUGUGCCUUUGGAAAGUUACGAUUAUUUAGAUGCAGUCUCCUAUAGCUGUAACAGAGGAUUUACUCUUAUAGGACAAUCAACACUUCAUUGUUCUGAGGAUGGAACCUUUAAACCAGAUCCACCAAAAUGUUUUGAUGGGUGUCCAGCACCUAAAAUUCCUAAUGCAAAAAGAGUUGGUGGAAAAUCACCACCCUACAAACAGGGUAACUUUAUAGAAUACAAAUGUGAAGACGGCUAUACACUGAAAGGAGAUGCUUAUAUUGUGUGUAGAGGAAAUGGAUGGAGCCCUGAACCACCACAAUGCAUCGGGGAAUGUACACAGCCUUCUUUUGAAUCAAGAAAUGUCAUUUUAUCAGCAAACGAUCUCUCGACACAAAUAUUCCCAGAUGGAUCCAGUGUAACAUUUGAGUGUGUGAUUGGACACAUGCCAGUUGACUCAACAGCAUCUAGAUCAGUUACCUGUGAGGGAAACCAGUGGACAAGUCUGGGACUCAGUUGCACAAGAAAAUCCUGUGGAAGUCUUCCUAAUUUCCUUUAUGGGAGAUAUGAAAUGACUGGGAUUUCAUUUGGUGACACGGCUAAACCAGUUUGUGACAAAGGAUACGUGUUAGCGGGUAGAGAAAUAACAAGAACAUGCCGAAAUCAGGGAUGGGAUGGCCGAGAUCCUCUCUGUGAACUGGUGAAAUGUUCAGCACCUCCAGUCAUAGAACAUGGGCAACUCAAAGAUGUGCCUUUGGAAAGUUACGAUUAUUUAGAUGCAGUCUCCUAUAGCUGUAACAGAGGAUUUACUCUUAUAGGACAAUCAACACUUCAUUGUUCUGAGGAUGGAACCUUUAAACCAGAUCCACCAAAAUGUUUUGAUGGGUGUCCAGCACCUAAAAUUCCUAAUGCAAAAAGAGUUGGUGGAAAAUCACCACCCUACAAACAGGGUAACUUUAUAGAAUACAAAUGUGAAGACGGCUAUACACUGAAAGGAGAUGCUUAUAUUGUGUGUAGAGGAAAUGGAUGGAGCCCUGAACCACCACAAUGCAUCGGGGAAUGUACACAGCCUUCUUUUGAAUCAAGAAAUGUCAUUUUAUCAGCAAACGAUCUCUCGACACAAAUAUUCCCAGAUGGAUCCAGUGUAACAUUUGAGUGUGUGAUUGGACACAUGCCAGUUGACUCAACAGCAUCUAGAUCAGUUACCUGUGAGGGAAACCAGUGGACAAGUCUGGGACUCAGUUGCACAAAAAAAUCCUGUGGAAUUCUUCCUGAUAUACUUAAUGGGAGAUAUGAAAUGACUGGGAUUUCAUUUGGUGACACGGCUAAACCAGUUUGUGACAAAGGAUACGUGUUAGCGGGUAGAGAAACAACAAGAACAUGCCGAGAUCAGGGAUGGGAUGGCCGAGAUCCUCUCUGUGAAGUGGUGAAAUGUUCAGCACCUCCAGUCAUAGAACAUGGGCAACUCAAAGAUGUGCCUUUGGAAAGUUACGAUUAUUUAGAUGCAGUCUCCUAUAGCUGUAACGCAGGAUUUACUCUUAUAGGACAAUCAACACUUCAUUGUUCCAAGGAUGGAACCUUUAAACCAGAUCCACCAAAAUGUUUUGCCCCACCUACGACUACUCCUGUGAUUUCCACAACAUCCAAGCCUUCUAAAUAGAAUCUGCGUUGUUCCACAAUCAGUACCACUGUUGCUCUGAAACAGAUCUGUCUUCACAGAAGACAGGUUGAUUUCACUUUUAUAAAGUACUUGCUUGUCAUUUCUAUCUUAAUUUUCAACACUCUUGAUACAGUGACCACUCUUCUGUUAAUGAUGUUGCUGUUCCUCUUCUUAAGAAUGACUGAAGAUUCACACCAAAAGAAGUGCACUGAUUGUCCCAUACCUCACUGGUUUGGUUGAGAGCAGUGCUGUAAUUUAUUUAAUUUUCUCUUGCCAAAUUGCAGUCAUGUAAAUUAUCUGUGGUGUACUGUAGUUCAGCUAAUAUUUUCAAACAUUUUCGUUAAAUUUGUCAGGUAAUUCAAUUUAAACUGCAAAAUAUUUCCCCAAAAUAAUUUGUUUCAAAUAUUUGAUCAUACUGUUUUAUUGUAGCAAGUAGCUGUUGUUUGGAAUAAUGGUUUUGAAUCACCACUUUGACAUGCAAAAAAAAAAUUUUUUAAAAAAUGUAUAUAUGAAUCCACAUCUUGCAAUUGUGUAUUUCACUGAGAUCUGUAGGUGCUUGGAUGGUCUCAAAAUAAAAGCUCCAUGGUCA